AUGCUCAUCUCCCAAUUCUUCAUCCUGGGCCCGCGCGGGGACGCGUUGGCGCACAGGGACUUCCGCGGUGACGUUCCGUCGACGUCGAGGGAGGAUUUCUACCGCUCGACGCGGUUUUGGAGCUCGAACGAGCGGUCCUCGGUGAGAUCGAAUCGAACGACCAAGACGAACGCAUCGCCACCGCCCGCGUUCGAGCGCGACGGCGUGAACUACUUGCACGUCAAGGCGAGCGGGUUGUAUUUCGUCGCGACGACGACCUCGAACGGGUCGCCGAGCGCGGUGUUGGAGCUCCUCGGGCGAUUGGCGCGAUUGGUGAAGGAUUAUUGCGGCGCGCUGACGGAGGACGCGGUGCGGAAGAAUUCAACCCUGGUGAGCGAGGUGAUCGAUGAGGCGAUGGAUUACGGGUACGCGCAGACGACGUCGACGGAGAUGCUGCGAGAGCGCGUGUGCAGCGAGCCGGUCGAGACCGGAGACGAUUUGGCGGGGGUGCUGGUGAGCGCGAAGGCGGACGGCGCGCGCGCGGUGGCGCAAGGAGCGUUCAAGGCUGGACAAAAGGUCGAGGCGGUGUUGAAGCACAACUUGGGGGUGAAGGUUAACUUCCCAACGAAGGCGGCGAUUAAUCUGAUGAACGCGGCGUCGGUGGCGAGCGGGGUGAAUAGAGUGUCGAGCAGUGCGACGCAGAAGAGCGUGGUGAGCGCGUCGAGCGCGACGACGAGGGAUGAGAUUUUCGUGGACAUCAUCGAAAAGCUGAACGUCACUUUCAGCGCGAACGGUGACGUGGUGACGUCGGAGAUCAACGGGCACAUUCAGGUGAGGAACUUCUUGCAAGGUGCUGGCACCAAGGUGAAGAUGGCGCUGUCGGAAGACUUGACCAUAGGCGGCAAAGGCACGAGCGCGAGGGGCAAUUACGCGGGCGUCAUCCUGGAUGAUUGCAACUUUCACGAGUCGGCAAAGUUGGAACAGUUCGAUGUCGAUCGAACUAUCACGCUUCGACCGCCUCAGGGUGAGUUUUCGUUGAUGAAUUAUAGAAGCGCCGGCAACUUCAAGCCGCCGUUCAAGGUGAUCGCCAUCUUCGACGAGAGUGUGCCGUAUAAGGUGGGUGUGGAGCUCAAGCUCUUCGCAGACUUCCCUUCGAAGCAUACGUGCACGGGGUUGAUCGUGAACCUGCCGAUUCCCAAGGGCGCCCUUGGCGCCACGGGACGGCUUCCAAAAUCUGUUCCGUCUGGCUCGCAACAUGUCAUGUUCGACGCUGCAGAGAAGCAAAUCGUCUGGCAAUUCAAGAAGUUUGCCGGUGGUUCAGAUCACGAGUGCUCGGUGCAGAUUGCGCUGCAAAGCGAGCGCAUUCCUAACGUACGUCGGGAGAUUGGUCCGCUGUCGCUCUCGUUUCAGAUUCCAACCUUUUGCGCGAGCGCGCUCGCCGUACGUUACCUCCAAGUCGUCGGAAAUCGACCUCUGGAUCCGUUAGAUGACGAAGCUCCACCGCGAGCGCCGCAUAGAUGGAUCAGAUACCUCACCAAGAGCUCAUCCUAUGUCGUUCGCGUGUGA